CGAUGAAGUGCUGCCGCGCUCCGCCGUCGCUCCAGAGAGCCCGGGGAUGAACCACCCCAAUAUAUCAGCCUGGAUGCUGGCGGGUCUGGUCUCCGCUGCCUUAUUUCUGGCAGCGUGGGGGGCGCGGCCGGAGUUUAUCGAGUCAUUGAAGAACCUGACGGUGCCGAUUGGAAGGGACGCCACGUUUACCUGCGUCGUCCGCCACCUAGGCGGCUACCGGGUCGGCUGGGUGAAGGCCGACUCGAAGGCCAUCCAAGCGAUCCACACGCACGUGAUCACGCACAACCCGCGAGUGCGUGUGUCACACCGUGACCUGACCACUUGGAACCUGCACAUCAACAACGUGCAGGAGGAGGACCGCGGCACGUACAUGUGUCAGAUCAACUACGACCCCAUGAUGAGCCAGUACGGCAUCCUGAACGUGGUGGUGCCGCCGGACAUCCUGAGCGACCAGUCGUCCGGUGACCUGACGAUCCCGGAGGGCGGCUCCGGGCAGCUGCAGUGUCGGGCUCGCGGCUAUCCGACGCCCACCAUCAUCUGGCGCCGCGAGGACGGCCGCAGGCUCACCGUCACCCUGCCCGACGCCAGCGGCGCGCUCAAGGAGAAGCGCGUGACGGAGUACGAGGGCGAGACGCUGCCGCUGAUGAAGGUCAGACGAUCGGACACCGGCUACUACGUCUGCAUCGCCAGCAACGGCCUGCCGCCCAGCGUCUCCAAGCACAUCAAGGUGGAGGUGCACUUCCACCCGGUGGUGCAGGUGCGACACCAGCUCCACGGGGUGAAGCUCGGCUCUGACGUCACCCUCAGCUGUCACGUGGAGGCGCUGCCCAAGUCCAUCAAUUAUUGGAACAAGGGUACCGGUGAAAUGCUAAUCCAGAGCAGGAAGUUCAACAUCAGCGAGGAGAAAGAAUCGGAGUAUUCUCUGACCAUGAAACUGACAAUCAGAAGUUUCGAGGUCUCCGACGCCGGGGAGUACAUCUGCACAGCCAAAAACUCGAUUGGCGAGGUGCAGAGUGAAAUACAGGUGUACGCAGAGAUCCGUCUGACGUCCGAGCCGGACCCGCACCGGGCCGAGCAGGGCACCGACGACAUCGCCUACAGCGGCUCUGAGGAGGAGGCGCGGCCGCCGGCGCCGGCCGCCGGCACGCACGAGCCUGGCCACACGGCCGUCAGCCUGACGCCGCUCGAGCACGAGCCGAGCCGGCACGCGCCGGCGCCGCCCCCGGCCGUCAAGGGGUCAGGGGUCGCGCUGCGCGCCGCGGCGUCGCUCCUGGCGACGGCGGCCGCCGUGAGGCUCGGCUUGUGAAGGUCGCGGCAAGGUCGCCGCCGCCGGACCGCCAUCCACGGGUACGUUGUUGGAGCGGUGCGUUGUUGGCGUGAUAUCGGAUGGCCGCGUCCGCCUUGGCGCGCGCGGGCCGCCGCGUGGCGGCGUGUUCGCACAGCGUGGACGGACUGGGUGUGGAGCCGAGGGACUGGGCUCAGACCGCGAGACGCUCCUCGGAAGGUUGGGCCGGCUUCUCCAUAACGGCGGGACGCUGCUGGCAUGACCGGAAGCGAGCGCUCGCAGGCGUCGCCGGCGGCGGACCCUAGCGAGCCCGGUCUGUUUUGCCGUGAUGCCUCACGUCAGUCGCUCGUGCUGCGGUGGGGCGCGGUGCUCGUAAUCAACCCGUUGUCUCGUCUACGUUUGGAAACUUCUUCGUAUUUCAGCUGAUCACCGCGCCGUGAAGGGCAGCGCGCAUUCUGAUAUUCCAAGUUAUUCGUGUGAAAGCUGCGUGUGGUCGCUGCGCCUCGCGUGCCGGCUUCAGAAGAGCGUGCGACCGGCUCUGGCAAUUGGUUUCCGAAUGCCCAGGGGAAUCCUUAUUCGUGUUUCGCGUCGUUGAAAUGCAUCCGUCACUGUAUCUUAGUAUUGUUACAAUCGUGGAAUGGCGCGCUGUCCGCGAGCGAGAAACAUAUUUAGGGAUUCGGUUCGGAGUGCUUGCGGUGGAUAGCGGGCUGGUUGAUCGUGGAUCGCACUGGAUGGGCAGAUCACUUUAAUGCGAUAACGAUGCUGGGCAGGACGGGCCAGUGACCUGUUUUGUGAAUACUGUGAACGUUAUAUCAAUGAAUAUCAUGUGUACCUGUCUUGUUUGUUUGAAUGUAAGCUUCCAAAGCUUCAAUACAUUAUUCAUC